UCGGCCCAUAGGCAGUGGUGAAGCGAGCCCGAACCGUCUGGCUUACGACCUGCUGCUGGUACUUUCUGGUUCAGAAGUAUAGCGCUCCCUUCUUCAUUAGCUCAGCACACUCUGGACCAGCUGAAGAAUGCAGCAUACAAGAAAAGUGGCUCUUCUGCUUACACUGUGCCUGUACUUCAGCUGGUUGAGGCUCACAGCAACAGCUGAGAUAUCUGGGGGGGAGGUCAUCAACCUUGGCCAAAGACAACAGUCCUGGGCACCAUUAAUGCAGACAUAUGCCAAUCUCUCUGAUGUGGCAAGUAUUAGGUCUUUCUUUGAAUUCCGCACCUUUGAUCCAGAGGGAACCAUAUUUUAUGGAGACACCAAGGAGGGUGGGGACUGGUUUGUGCUUUUACUACGGGACGGGGUACCUGAAAUGCAGAUAGGGAAAGCAGACAUCCUGGUCAGUGUGCAGGGAGGACCCAAACUGAAUGAUGGAGCCUGGCACAAACUGGAACUGCGCAGUGAGGGAAAGUAUGUGAUCCUGGAAGUAAACGGUAAACUGGAGCUGGUGGUUGGUCUCAGCUCGGAACAGACAGAGGACACGCUGACAGGAAAAAUACGGCUUGCUCUUGGAGGGAUGCUGGUGGGGCAUAAGAAACUCCUGCACCCGUUUAAGCCAGAGCUGGAUGCAUGUAUAAGAGAAGGGCAGUGGCUAAACCUCAGCAUGCCCUGGAUCACAAACCCAGGCUGGGAGCUCCAGCCUUGCUUCCCUGAGAUCAAGAAAGGGAGCUAUUUUCCUGGGAAUGGAUUAGCUAUGUUCAACACAACCGAUCUUCCUGGGGUGGAAACGGAGGAGAAAGGAAUCACUAUUGAGGUCUAUGGAUCUUGGCAUGGGACAUUAAUAAGCCUUCAAAGCGCAGGUUUUGAGUAUGUUCUAUCAGAGGCUGAAGAAUUCAAGAAAGACAAGGACAUUUUUACCCAUACAUCUACAACUGAGAGGGAAGAAGGAGCUGACUCUGGAAACCUUCCUCACACUCUUGGAUCAACCCAGCUGAGUUUGACCAUAUUGAAACAUUCCCUGAUGCUUAAUGGUGAAACACAACAAAAGGCAGACAGCUUUGACUUCCUCUCUAUGUGGAGAGAGGGGAUGCUCUUAACAUUCGGUGGCCUGCCAGGUAAGACCGAGGACGCAAAGAGUUUGUAUCACCUCCAUGGCUGUUUGGAGAGGAUCGUCAUUCAGGGACAAGACAUCGAUCUUGACUGGGCCUCCUUCAAGGACACAUCUGUUUCAUCCCAUAGCUGUCCUGCAAAAGCAAUGAAUGAAACAUUUAGUUAACCGAUAACUACCUACCAAUAAGCAGUUGUGUUACAUUUUCACUUGUUAUCUCUUCAGACUCAUAAAGGAAUCCUUG